ACAUUGAUCUACUUUUUGUAAACAUGCACUUUUGGGCAAAAACAAUUCAUUACCUUUUCUAUGAUUACUAACUGCAGCCCGUCAUUAUGUUAUAGUUCUUUAUUCAAGUUAAGGGUUAAAGGUCACAUGUAUCGUUGUACACGUAAGCAAUAUUAAUUUAUUAGCGUUUUGUAAUGCGCAGAAGUGGGUUUAGGGUAGCUACGGUAGCCGUUGCUUCAAGGUAGGCAUGGCAGAAAGGCCACCACUCCAUAAACACUCAGGUGCAUGGGACUGUGGACUAGAUAUGUCAACGAUAUGUUUUAUAAUACUGUCCUGUAUUUUUGUACUGUCUGUACUGUGUGUCAUAGCCUACAGCUGGUAUAGUCCUACAGAACAACCUAUAACAGUACAGAGCAAUGUCAAUGUUCUCAACUCUAAUGGCAAAAAACGGAAAAAGAAAAAGAUGGCUAAAGUGAUAGUUAACUGUGAACAUGCCAUGAUUGGAGACACAAACAUCCUUCAACAAGGAUGUAUAUCUCCCAUCCUAGACGACAGCAGGAAUAGAGAGCCAACUGGAUUCAUGAAAAAAACAGUUUCUGUGUGGAAAAAGCGGGCAGAUGAUUUGUUUGUGACGAAGGGAAUGCGAAAUGCUAUGGAGUUUUCUAAGCACAACAACUUACUGAUCAUUACUGGUCCCCAGGGUAGUGGGAAAUCCUCUGCUUUACGAUAUGUUUCGGUAGCUUUAAAGCAUGACGGUUUUAUUGUUUACCCCUGCAUGAAACCUUCAGAUAUAGAGUAUUAUUGGGACGAAACCAAGAAGCAGGUGUUUGUUAUAGAUGAUCCCAUAGGUAGUGAAUGUGUCAGUCUAGUUGGUGUGCAAAUGAUGGAAAGAUAUAGUGAUCGUAUCAAAACCUGCAUUGCAGGUCAUACUACAAAAGUUAUUCUUGCGAUUCGAUCAGAAAUCUUGAAUGAUAAGUAUGUAUCUAGCAGCGAAACCUUAGUGACUUCGCGACAGAAUGAAAUAGAUUUGACUGAGGAGGAAAAUGCUCUUUCAGAACAAGAAAGGAAAGACAUGUUUUCGCAUUAUGUAUCUCGAACUGGUGUUCGUAAUAUUUCCCUGCAAAUGCCUCAACUACAUUGUUUUCCAUUACUUUGCCAUGCUUUUUUUAAAGUAGGAACAAUACGUAAAAACCCGACAGAAUUCUUUUCUUCGCCGUUUAGCGUAAUAAAAGACGCGUUUAUCAGAAUGCGACAGAGGAAUCCUGCCCAUUUCUGUCUCCUGGUUUUUUGUAUUGUUUUUGAAAAUAAAUUAUCCAGAAGGAACCUCGCGCUUGAAUCACCAGAGAGAGAGAAAGUUGACAGAGUGUUGGAAAUUCUAGGGCUAAACCGUGAGAAAGUCCAGAGCAACGUUAUUAACGCCAUAGACGCUUUGAACGGUGUUUAUCUGACCAAAAAUGGGACAUCGUAUGCAUUCUUGCACUCUUUAUUCCAAGACAUAGUUACUUUCAUCUUAGGCGAAGAAUCCACGAUGUUUCUAUUUAAGUAUUGUUCCAGUACUUUCCUUAGAAGCCAUGUCAAGAUAGCCGACACCCCAGCUAAAAUUGACGAACACGCUAUCGUAUUGGAACCUUCUGAUUAUAAGUCUCUAGCAGAACGGAUGUGCGAGGAGCUGCAAAAGCGUAAUGUAGAGGAUGUGUUCUAUCAUUCCUCGCUUGGGAACCGACAAUUUCUCAAAGUUUUCAUGAGAGAAUGUUCCAAAAAUAAGACUAUAGAAUAUUCAAAUGAAAACAAGAUUCCUCUGUUAGCAUGGAGUUGCCGCGUGGAAAUGUUCAGACUAGCAAAGGCUCUUUUAGACAAAGGGGCUGAUCUUAACAUUUGCGACGAAUUUAAAAGAUCAGCGUUGAUUUGGGUAUGCCGAAAUAGCUGUCGGUCUAUAGAGCAGAGUCGUGCAAUGGUGACUAUUUUAUUGAAAGAGGGAGUGGAUGUUAAAUUGGCUGACAAACGGAAUCAAACUGCAAUCAUAUAUGCAGUGCGCAAAGGCGAUAUACAGAUUGUACACAACCUGCUGGACCACGGUGCUUGUGUAAAGGAACUAUCAGCAGACAUAUCACCUCUUAACUUAGCUGUUAAGUGUGCCCAAAAGCACACACGUACACACGUUGAACCUGAUACAGACCAGAAGGAACAUUCCUCUACAGCAAUAGUUAGGCUGCUUCUCGAAAAAGGUGCUGACCCAAACUUUAAGGUUGCUAACGACAAGACAAUGCUCUACCAAUCAGUGUUAGGCUCGAACACUGCUGUAAGCAAAUGUCUUCUAGAGCACGGUGCGGAUGUUGGUAAAUCCAAUACGUUGAACGAAGACCUGCUCUGCUCGGCAAUCAGUAAUCGUCUCUCGGAUUUAGUAGAUCCUCUCUUAGAAAGAGGUGUCGAUGUAAACAUUCCUAACCAUUUUUCUAGAACCUCAUUACACCUUGCAGUCAUCGAAAACAAUAGCGACCUUGUAACUCAGUUGAUAAAAGCGGGUGCAUGUGUCGAUUCGAAGGACUCGGAAGGUGAAACACCUUUACACCUCUCCGUGAAGGAUGACAAAAAAUACAUAGUACGAAACAUAUUGUUACGUAAAGGGGCUGACGUCAACUCGGAGGACAAACGCGGACGAACACCUCGAAUGUGGUAUCUCAGAACUCUGGCCCGAGUAUCAUCACAGAACUUUAGGAUUACUGAACCAUUACACAACGAGACAAACUAGUAUCAUCAUAGAACUUUAGAACUACUGAACCAUUACACAACGAGACACACUAGUAUCAUCACAGAACUUUAGGACUACUGAACCAUUACACAGCGAGACACGCUAGUAUCAUCACAGAACUUUAGGACUACUGAACCAUUACACAACGAAACACACUAGUAUCAUCACAGAACUUUGGGACUACUGAACCAUUACACAACGAGACACUAGUAUCAUCACAGAACUUUAGGACUACUGAACCAUUAAACAAUGAGACACACUAGUAUCAUCACAGAACUUUAGGACUACUGAACCAUUACACAACGAGACACACUAGUAUCAUCAUAGAACUUUAGGACUACUGAACCAUUACACAACGAGACAUUAGUAUCAUCACAGAAAUUUAGGACUACUAAACCAUUACACAACGAGACACUAAUAUCAUCACAGAACUUUAGGACUACUGAACCAUUACACAACGAGACAUUAGUAUCAUCACAGAAAUUUAGGACUACUAAACCAUUACACAACGAGACACUAGUAUCAUCAUAGAACUUUAGGACUACUGAACCAUUACACAACGAGACACUAGUAUCAUCAUAGAACUUUAGGACUACUGAACCAUUACACAACGAGACACACUAGUAUCAUCACAGAACUUUAGGACUACUGAACCAUUACACAACGAAACACACUAGUAUCAUCACAGAACUUUGGGACUACUGAACCAUUACACAACGAGACACUAGUAUCAUCACAGAACUUUAGGACUACUAAACCAUUGCACAACGAGACACUAGUAUCAUCACAGAACUUUAGGACUGCUGAACCAUUACACAACAAGACACACUAGUAUCAUCACAGAACUUUAGGACUACUGAACCAUUACACAACGAUUCACACUAGUAUCAUCACAGAACUUUAGGACUACUGAACCAUUAUACAACGAGACACACUAGUAUCAUCACAGAACUUUAGGACUACUGAACGAUUAUACAACGAGACACACUAGUAUCACCACAGAACUUUAGGACUACUGAACCAUUACACAACGAGACACACUAGUAUCAUCACAGAACUUUAGGACUACUGAACCAUUACACAACGAUACACACUAGUAUCAUCACAGAACUUUCGGACUACUGAACCAUUACACAACGAGACACGCUAGUAUUCAACUACACAGGACUUCUAAAGUUCGCUGUAUUAUUCAUUUUGAGUGGAAAGCGGAAACAAUUAAAACAAUAGCAUAACAUAUAUGGCUAUUUGAAUUGUUUUCCUAAAUCCAAAUGUACAUUUACCUAAUUGUUAAUUACUCCCAUUGUGUGAUAUCGUAUAAAUGUCUUCAUGGGAUACAUGUA